UGUCAAGCAUUCACCUAAAAUGAAAUACUUUGUUUUGUUGGUAAGCAUUGUCGCCAUUACAGCAUUCGAUUUACAAGGUACAGCCGUAGACCAAUGUUUAUGCAGAGACGAACUCACUCAAAUCUACAAUCAACUCGUCGAUGCUAAUGUCGAAUUGAAGGAGGCCAUCGAUGAAAUGAUUCAGCUGGAGUCCGAUAUGGAAUACAUGGACAAUAGGGUCGAAGCCCAGAACGAAAAUUUGGAAGAACUCGAAAGUGCACUUACCAUGCUUCGUUACAUUCAACUCCAAACUCUACAAGAGCUUUCCAGUCAAGACCAGAUUCUCAAUUGCAUUGUCGUCACUGUUCAAAACAUCGAUGUCCAGGUUAAAAAUGAAACAACACAUGUCAACCAGCAGACAAUUGAUAUUGGAGCACUCCAGCAGCUAACGAACGAGAUUCAACAAUGUAAUAAUGUUAAUAGUUGCGUAGCCCCUACGACUACACCAGCCCCUACGACCACAACAGUCCCUACGAUAACAACAGAAGAUCUUUCUAAUAUAUAAUUAUAAGUAUAGAUUUUAAGUAAGCUUGAGACGAAAAAAAAAACAAAUGAAAGAUCUUAAAAACAAAUAUGUUUUUUCAAUCACCACCAAUGUUGGACCCUAAAUUUAUCAUCAUCAUUUUUAGUUAUUCCAUCCAUCGUCGGAUGUUAGCCUCCAUCAGAUUCAUUUAUCUUCGUUGUUUUUUGCAACUAGUAUGAUACAAUUGAUCCAAAAGAUGGCAUAACCCAGACAUCCAAAGUGAAAGUUAUCCUCCAACACCAAAUUGUUCUAUAUAGUGCACAUAAUGUUCAGAAAAAAGUCACACCAUUUUGAGCGUCGGGUUUGGGCAGCAGAGGGGGGAGAAAUAGGUAAAUUCGUAGUUUUUAAGUUUAUCGUCAAUAUUUCUAAAACUAUGCGGUUAAGCAUGAACAACCUUCCAUACAAAAAUGUUUUACAUUAAAUUUGAAAUAAAAAAGGCCCAAUCCAUAAUCCUUCUAAAAUGAACGGUUCCAAAGUUACGGAGGUAGUA